UUACGCACAUUAGGCGAUCGAAGAUUGAAACUGUAGAUUAAUAAUGCUCUCUCUCAAGGGCAACAUGCUUCUGUAAUCAGAGAGAGAGAGAGAGAGAGAGAGAGAGGAAUUUUAAGCCAAGUGGAGAGUGCCGGCGAGCAUUACUGAAUACAUACACAAAUUGUCUUCACCUCUUUGUAGGUAUAACUUCCGCCCACCAUUUUUACUUUUAUUAUAUAUCCGUUUUGCAUAGUGAAUCUUAUGGUUGCACUUGCAUCUCAUCACUCAUCUCCAAUUCGAACACACUAAUGCUUAAGACCCUGAAACUCCUCUGAAAUGCUUCACUGGGGACUUGUUUCGAUCAUCAUCAUUUUUGAGAUCUAACUUCACAUUAGUAGGUGAUUUAAAUGGCGUCUAAAUCGUUUAAGGCGAGUAGAUCAAAUUUAUCCACAGAUUCUGAGAUGAUGGAGUCUCAGAAUGGGAGGCCGCCGCUGCCUCCGCCAUCUCACGUCACAUUUGCUCGUCGGACCUCAUCAGGCCGCUAUGUCAGCUACUCUAGGGAUGAUCUCGACAGCGAGCUAGGCAAUGGCGACUUUCUGGACUACACGGUCCACAUCCCCCUCACCCCCGACAACCAGCCUAGUAACCCCGUCACACAGAAGGUCGAGGAGCAGUAUGUGUCGAGCUCACUCUUCACGGGCGGAUUCAACAGCAUGACAAGGGCUCAUUUGAUGGACAAGGUCAUUGAUUCGGAUGCCAGCCAUCCACAGAUGGCUGGUGCAAAGGGAUCCUCUUGCUCCGUUGCUGGCUGUGAUGGGAAAGUCAUGAGUGAUGAAAGGGGAAAUGAUAUCCUCCCUUGUGAGUGUGAUUUCAAGAUUUGUAGGGAUUGUUACAUUGAUGUGCUGAAAACAGGAGACGGGAUCUGCCCCGGAUGCAAGGAGCAGUACAAUGCAGCUGAUUUGGAUGAGGAGAGGGAGAAUUGGCCGUCUCUGCCACAGCUUCCACCACCACCAUCUGGGAUGUCGAAGGUGGAGAGGAGGCUGUCGUUGAUGAAGUCGACUAAGUCAAUGCUGAUGAGGAGCCAAACCGGGGAUUUUGAUCAUAACCGGUGGCUGUUUGAAACAAAGGGGACUUAUGGAUAUGGAAAUGCUAUAUGGCCAAAGGAGGGAGGAUAUGAUGAUGGGAAAGAUAGUCGCACUGUCGAGCCUUCUGACUUGGUGAGCAAACCGUGGAGACCACUCACUCGCAAGCUCAAGAUCCCGGCUGCCAUUAUCAGUCCUUACCGGCUUCUAGUCUUAGUUCGGAUGGUUAUUCUUGGCUUUUUCUUGACAUGGAGAGUCAGCCAUCCAAACACUGAUGCAGUCUGGCUUUGGGGAAUGUCUGUAGUUUGUGAAAUAUGGUUCACUUUUUCUUGGAUUCUUGAUCAGCUACCGAAACUCUGCCCUGUCAAUCGAGCGACUGAUCUCAACGUGCUGAAGGAGAAAUUCGAGACACCUACUCCAAACAAUCCCACCGGGAAGUCUGAUCUGCCCGGUCUGGAUAUCUUCGUCUCGACUGCAGAUCCGGAGAAGGAGCCUCCUCUUGUCACUGCCAACACCAUACUGUCUAUACUAGCAGCUGACUAUCCAGUGGAGAAACUCUCCUGCUAUGUCUCCGAUGAUGGAGGAGCACUUCUGACAUUUGAGGCCAUGGCUGAGGCCGCGAGUUUUGCUAACAUGUGGGUCCCGUUCUGCCGCAAACACAACAUUGAGCCUAGAAAUCCGGAGAGUUACUUCAACUUGAAGAAGGAUCCUUACAAGAAUAAAGUUCUUAGUGACUUUGUCAAGGACCGGAGACGAGUCAAGCGUGAGUAUGAUGAGUUUAAGGUUCGGAUUAACAGCCUGCCUGAAUCUAUUCGUCGUAGAUCCGAUGCCUAUCAUGCUAGGGAAGAGCUUAAGGCCUUGAAGGAGCAGAGACAGAAGAAAGACGACGAGCCAUUCGAGGCGAUCAAGGUCAAGAAAGCUACAUGGAUGGCUGAUGGAACCCAUUGGCCGGGAACUUGGUUGAGCCCUACAGCUGAGCACACAAAGGGUGAUCAUGCAGGAAUUAUACAGGUGAUGUUGAAGCCUCCUAGUGACGAACCGCUUUGUGGCUCAUCGGAGGAGCCCCGGGUGAUGGACCUCACGGAUGUUGACAUCCGCCUGCCUAUGCUCGUCUAUGUGUCUCGUGAGAAGCGCCCCGGCUAUGAUCAUAACAAGAAGGCCGGUGCAAUGAAUGCUCUAGUCCGAGCUUCAGCAAUCAUGUCUAAUGGCGCUUUCAUUCUCAACCUUGACUGUGAUCACUACAUCUACAACUCUCAAGCAAUGAGGGAAGGAAUGUGUUUCAUGAUGGAUAGAGGCGGAGACCGGAUCUGCUACGUUCAGUUCCCGCAGAGGUUUGAAGGCAUCGAUCCCUCUGACCGGUACGCCAAUAGAAACACGGUCUUCUUUGAUGGGAACAUGCGAGCUCUCGAUGGCCUACAAGGUCCGGUUUAUGUUGGAACUGGAUGUCUCUUCAGGAGGGUUGCUCUUUACGGCUUUGAUCCUCCUCGAGCUAAGGAGCGUAGCUCCGGCUUCCUCAGUUGCUGCUUUCCCCGUCGGAGGAAGCACACUGCCAUCGCUAGCAAUGCAGAGGAGAAUAAGGCGUUGAGAAUGGGAGACUCUGAUGAUGAAGAGAUGAACCUCUCACUCGCUCCGAAAAUGUUUGGAAACUCGAAUCUACUCAUCGAUUCCAUUCCGGUGGCGGAGUUUCAAGGCCGGCCGCUAGCUGACCACCCCUCAGUGAAGCACGGAAGGCCGCCCGGCGCUCUCACCAUACCACGUGACCUUCUUGAUGCAUCCACCGUUGCAGAGGCGAUCAGUGUCAUCUCAUGUUGGUAUGAAGAUAAAUCCGAGUGGGGGCAGCGCGUUGGAUGGAUUUAUGGAUCAGUCACGGAGGAUGUUGUAACGGGAUAUAGAAUGCAUAACCGGGGUUGGAGAUCGGUCUACUGUGUGACCAAACGAGACGCCUUCCGUGGCACAGCGCCUAUCAACCUCACGGAUAGGCUCCACCAGGUCCUCCGUUGGGCUACUGGCUCAGUCGAGAUCUUCUUCUCGCGCAACAAUGCCCUCCUAGCCAGCUCGAGAAUGAAGAUCCUGCAGAGGAUUGCAUACCUCAAUGUUGGAAUCUAUCCCUUCACGUCCGUGUUCUUGAUUGUCUACUGCUUCCUCCCCGCGCUCUCCCUCUUCUCCGGGCAGUUCAUUGUCCAAUCCCUCGAUGUCACGUUCCUCGUCUACCUCCUGACCAUCACCGUAACACUCUGCGCUCUAGCUGUGCUCGAGGUGAAGUGGGCGGGGAUAGAGCUGGAAGAGUGGUGGAGGAACGAGCAGUUUUGGUUGAUCGGAGGGACUAGUGCGCACUUGGCUGCUGUCUUCCAAGGUCUACUGAAGGUGGUUGCUGGAGUCGAGAUCUCAUUCACUUUAACGUCCAAAUCAGCAGGAGACGACGAUGAUGAUGACUUUGCUGAUCUCUACAUAGUGAAAUGGACUUCACUUAUGAUCCCUCCGAUUGUGAUCAUGAUGGUGAACUUGAUAGCUAUCGCGGUUGGGAUUAGUCGGACAAUCUACAGCACGAUACCACAGUGGAGUCGUCUCUUGGGUGGCGUUUUCUUCAGCUUUUGGGUGUUGGCGCAUCUCUAUCCCUUCGCCAAGGGGCUGAUGGGGAGACGGGGGAGGACGCCUACUAUUGUGUUCGUGUGGUCGGGGCUUAUCGCCAUCAUUAUAUCGCUCCUAUGGGUGGCAAUCAACCCUCCGGAGGGAAGCAACCAAAUUGGUGGAUCUUUUCAGUUUCCUUGAUUGACCCAUGAUUUAUUUGAGGUCAAGCUUCCUUAUGCUCUCUCUCUUUUGAGGAUUUUUCAGACAGAUUUGGUAAUGUUUUGUGCAUUAUUUGGUUGUAGUAUAGUCUUGCGAUUUUAGACAAAGCUGCAUAGAGGAAAACAUAGGAGUUGUUGGUAAUUCUUUGAUUGUUUUAGUCUUAUAGAUUUUGAACUUUAUUGAUCAAGAGAUCACCCAUUUUUUAGCAACUAAGCUGUAUUGAUCUA